AACUAUUCCUUUAAACAGUAAUGACUGUUAAGAUGAUUGUGUUCACAGUGAUCAGCACCACUGGCUGGGCUAUUUGAGACGCCGGCCCUCCUUUUGCCUGUUUGCAUACGAUCCCCUGCACAUAUUUCGGAAGCCCCCAAGUCCCUUAAGUGUUUUCACACACACGCACACACACACACACACACACACACACACACACAGUCUCCCACAUCUUCAUUCUAGAGGACUCUGAAUGCAGUUCAGUUUGGAUAUUUUUAAACAUGCUGUUAUGACAACGGCCAAAUGUCCAGCUCUAUGAUGACCAAGCAGCCAUGUGUGGUGGGAGUUUCUUUGUUCCUCGUUGUCUGGUUUGCACUUCCGCAAGCUGUUUUUUCUGGAGACGGCCCCAAAGAUUAUCCACUGACCCUUGAGUUUGCCUACGGUCAAGCCCUUGACCACUAUGCGGCGGAAAACUGGAAAGAAAGCGUCACCUACAUGAAGCUGAGCCUCCGUCUGUACCGGCUCAUGAAGGAAAGUGUGGCCUUCUGCUGCAACAGCUGCAGACAUGGUGAUCUAGACGGUGACCCUGCUGUGGGUCAGUCCGCUGACCCGGGGCUUCGGACAUUCUGGCACAUUCUUCUGCGUGCGUCUUGCGUGAAGAGGUGCAAACUUCGCUUCCCACCCUCUGUGUUCAGAUCUCUGAGGAAAGAAAUUACAGAGGAUUUCGAGAGACGGACGCCAUACCAGUAUCUACACUUUGCCUAUCACGAGCUGAACGAGACGGAGAACGCAGCAUCAGCAGCACACACGUACCUGCAGAAGAACCCAAAAGACACACUGAUGGUGGAACGCAUGAAGAUUUACACCAGCAUUCUUGGCCUGGAGGUCUCCCUCACCAAUCACGAAGAGAGACUGUAUGAGAGGAGUUUCCUGACCGCUGUGUUGCUGUUGAACUCCGGAGACUACAGUGGCUCUGUCAUUGAUAUGGAAGAGGCACUGAGAGAGUACCUACAUGAACAUGCUCUGUGCACUGCGGCCUGUGAGGGAGCGGUUGAUGUCGUAACGCACGAAGAACUGGAUGCUUCUUUAGCAGACACCUGCAUUGAGGCUCUAAGGUGUAAGGUCAAAUGUGAAGAAAACCUGAUGCCCAAUGUGGGAGGAUUCUUUGUGGAGAAGUUUGUGGCCACCAUGUACCAUCAUCUCCAGUUUGCCUACUAUAAAAUGAAUGACGCUCGCAGAGCUGUUCCUUGCGCAUCCAGCUACAUGCUGUUUGACCCUUCAGAUGAAGUCAUGCAGCAGAAUAUGCAGUACUACCAUGAAUACAGGCAGCAGUGGGGUCUACAGCAGCAUCACUUCUACCCACGACCGGAAGCAGAACGAUACUUUAAUCAAACAGCCACACAGAGGCGGAUGCUGGAGUAUGCAGAGAAAUACCUGCAGCAGCAUGAUGAGGACGUCAUGUGGACCAAAGAGGAACGUUCAGUGGAGAAGAGCAUCUCUCUGGAUGAGGAGUUUGAAGGAAAUGGAGAUUAUGAAGAAGGCAUCUAUGCAAAAUGGAGUCAGGAACCCAAGAGUAAAUGGGACUCUGGAGAACCAGAGAACCGACAACUUAUGACAAUCUGACAAUCUAUGUAAGAUGUUCUACGUCAGGGGUGCCCAACUCUGGUCCUGGAGGGCUGGUGUCCAGGUAGUUGCCCUACUGAAACACACCCCAAAAAACUGGCAUUUAACAGAUCAGUUGAAUCAGGUAUGUUUGAGCAGGUAAAUCACCAGACUGUGCUGGACACCGGCACCGGGACCAGAGUUGUUCACCCAGGGAGUUCAGGGAUUAAACAGAUAAAACUAAUAUUUUGCUAUUUCAGCAUCACACACAUCAUGAGAAAAGCGCAUUAUAGAAAGUUUAUCCAGACUAAAAACAUUUGCUGGAAGGCGAUGCUUGAGGAAUACAUUUGUUAAAGCAGAAUUUCAACCU